ACAGAUCCCGUAAAUCCGGAUUGCCAGAGUCCUGAAUCGACGGAGGAACAUCCUAUUACUGACAUUGCGGGCCCUCCGCGCGCCGCGUAUAACAAUAACCAUAGAUCCGUUCGCCAAACACUUCGGCGGCAUCACCGUUUCGGACCGUAAACUGGUGAUAUCAUGAGCGAACUCCGCCCACACUAACAGAGCACAAGGUCAACACGGCAGGGCUCAUUAUCCAUUCCUCGAUCCACCAGGCACGCCCGGACCUAAACGCGGUAUGUCACAUGCAUUCGCCCUACAGUAGGGCCUGGUCAACCUUUGGCAAGGGCAUAAAUGUUGAAUCAAGAUUCCUGCAUGUUUUAUGAAGACCUCGCCGUCUAUGAAGGCUUUGGUGGGCAUGUCCUGGCGAAAGAAGAGGGAGAAAACAUCUCCCGUGCUCUAGAGGAAAAGAAGAACCUCAUUCUCCAGAAUCACGGACUUAUCACCGCUAGCUCGACAGUCGGCGAAGCAGCUGCCUUUUUUUAUCUCAUUGCAAAGGGCGUGCCAAACGCAGCUGCUAGUUGAACAAGCGGUGCCCCAUACGUCGGACCUGCAGGAGAAAUACGUAGGGGAUAAAGAAGCUGCGUAUACCAAAAAGGCGUCCGGAUCACCUGCAGCGAUGUACAUGUACAUACAUGUACAUGCAAUUUGUGCCGGAAUAUGAAUAGAUCUUCAAGGAGACGAAAGGGGAGUUUACGCGGUAGAAAUGUGUACCGGACUUAAUU